AGCGCCAUUGGCUUGGUUUGCCGAUUUCUCACCUGCUCCUCGCGGGGUGCUGGUUGGACUUCGCGAUGGCGGAGCCGGAAAGUGAACCUGCGGAGGAAUCCAAGGUGCCCGAGAAGGAAAAAGAGGAGAAGGAAGAAGUGGCCAAAGUGAAGAAGGAGGGACAGGAACCCAGCAAGGAAGUGAAGAAGGCACCGCCGCCUGUGAAGGAGGCAUCCCCAGCACAGCUGGUUGGGCUGGUCCUGGCGGCCUUGGCCUUGGCCACCACCAUGAGCGUGGUCCAGGGGGCGCAAGAAAUCGGCCUCCGGCGUUGGUCCGACUCUCUCUUCGAAAAGCACGUGGUCCCUCCACCAGAGGUGCCCAACAACGUGUGUACCAUUCAAUUUUGCCAGAGCUGAGGAACAAAUGGGCUGUUCAAUCAGAUCGCCCAGCUGAUUCACACGCGAGCGUCAGCUCCUCUGAGGGUGCAGCCUGCACCGUAUCCUGCACCAGCCUUGUUUCAGUUUUAUUCCAGUAUUGUGAGUUGGAUGCAAAUCUUCCUCAUAGGCCUUGUGCUUGCUGUGUCAGAUAUCCUUCCAGAGCAAGUGCGUGAGAACAAGAUGUCGGCCGUUUUCCUCAUCUUUAUGGUGACCAACAUGGUGGCCCAAGCCCUCACAAAGACCAAUGCGUUUGAGAUCUACGUGGGGGAAGAUUUGGUUUGGUCCACCAUGGCCAGGCAGAGACACCCCAAUCUACAGGACCUGGUGAAGGGCUUUGGACGCAUGGGGGUGGAGAUCACGGCGUAGUAGUGUCCGCGGACACGGCGGCAGAAGAAGCCCUGGAGAAGACUGGU